AUGGAGGAGAUGAGAGAUGCGGAUAGAAGAUAUGAAGUGAUGUCGCAGAAGGUAGAUUAUUUAACAUUAUUCAAUGACUAUGAAUCAGAUAUCAAUCAUGUUAGGGAUCAGAGUUAUGCCACAGAACAGAAGCUGGUAAUGUUGGAAAAUGCUUUCUCUGAGCUACGUAAAGAGAAUAGGUUUAGAAAUGUAACUGAUGUCCUGGUUGUUGGUGUAAUGGCUAUUGUUUUAUGUCUGUUUGCAAUUCGUCAAUUGGCAUAUGGUACUUCGUCUGACAGUGUUGACGAGUAUGUAGGAAUUGGUGCUUCAACAGCUCGGAAAUGUUUACACAAGUUUACCGCCGGCAUCAUCCAAGUGUUUGGAGAUGAAUACCUAAGACAUCCAACGCCGGAGGACCUAGAAAGACUACUUUAUCAGAAUGAACAGCGUGGAUUUUCCGGGAUGAUUGGGAGCUUUGACUGUAUGCAUUGGGAGUGGAAGAAUUGUCCCACUGCUUGGAAAGGCAUGUAUUCACGGUCAACUGGAAAACCUACAAUCGUGUUGGAAGCGGAAAUAGGGAUUGAUCAUUGCUUGUUGGAGUUUAUCUUAUACUUCUCUCAAUUGGGGAGAUAA